AUGGCUUUCUUCUUCCUUCCCUCUCAUACACUAUUUCUUGCACUCAUGUUCUUUUCAGCCACCCAUAUCCUAGCACAAUUGCCACAGACCAAUGGAACAAACUUUUCAUGCCCUGUGGAUUCACCUCCUUCCUGUGACACGUAUGUAGCAUAUUUUGCUCAGUCUCCAAAUUUUUUGAGUCUGAUGAACAUAUCUGAUAUAUUUGACACCAGUCCUCUAUCUAUUGCAAGUGCCAGUAACAUGAAGACCGAAUAUGAUGAGCUUAUUCCAGGCCAACUCUUACUGGUACCUGUAACUUGUGGUUGCACUGGAAACCACUCUUUCAGUUUCGCCAAUAUCUCAUAUGAGAUCAAGCUAGGUGAUAGCUACUACUAUCUUUCAACCACUUCAUAUGAGAAUCUCACCAAUUGGCAAACAGUGAAAGAUUUAAACCCCUAUCUUGAUCCAUAUAAGUUGCAAAUAGGUAUGAAAGUAGUGAUCCCUUUGUUCUGCAGGUGCCCCUCAAACUACCAGAAAGAGAAAGGGAUAGAGUAUCAGAUUACUUAUGUGUGGCAGUCCAAUGACAAUGUUUCCCAUGUAGCUUCCAAGUUUGGUGCAUCACAAGUGGACAUGAUGACUGAAAACAACUUGGGGCAGAACUUCACUGCAGCAACCAACCUUCCUGUUUUAAUCCCAGUGACACAGUUUCCAUCUCUUUCUCAAUCUUAUUCUUUAAAUGAAAGAAAGAGAAGCAAUCAUCUUCUGAUUAUCAUUGUCAUUGGGACUAGCCUUGGAUGCACUCUUCUGAUUGCACUUUUAGUACUGGUUUAUGUAUAUUGUCUGAGGAUGAAGAAGAGAAGGACUAAUCAGAAUUGGAGUGUGCCAUCUGGGGAGACUGCAGAUAAGCUAAUUUCUGGAGUUUCAGGCUAUGUAAGUAAGCCAACUGUGUAUGAAGUUGGUGUGAUUAUGGAAGCUACCAUGAACCUCAAUGAACAGUGCAGGAUUGGGGAUUCAAUGUACAAGGCCAAAAUGGAUGGUUUGGUUUUAGCUGUGAAAAAAGUCAAGGAAGAUGUAGCAGAGGAGGUAAUGAUUCUACAAAAAGUAAAUCAUGCUAAUCUUGUGAAACUAAUGGGAGUCUCUUCAGGAAACGAUGGAAAUUUCUUCCUUGUAUAUGAAUUUGCUGAAAAUGGAUCUCUUCAUAACUGGUUGUUCUCUGAGUCUUCCACUGCUUCAAGCUCAGUGACUUUCCUCACAUGGAGUCAGAGGAUAAGCAUAGCUAUUGAUGUUGCUAUGGGUCUGCAAUACAUGCAUGAACACACACAACCAAGUAUAGUCCACAGGGACAUCACAACAAGUAAUAUCCUUCUUGACUCAAACUUUAAGGCCAAGAUAGCAAAUUUUUCUGUGGCCAGAACUUCAACGAAUCCUAUGAUAACAAAAAUAGAUGUCUUUGCUUAUGGAGUGAUUCUGUUGGAGUUACUGACAGGCAAGAGAAACUUAACAAACAAUGCAAAUGGAGAGGUGGUUAUGCUGUGGAAGGACAUUAGAGGGAUCUUUGAUCAACAAGAGAAAAGAGAGGAGAGGCUUAGAAGAUGGAUGGAUCCUAAGCUUGGGGGAUUUUAUUCUGUUGAUGAUGCUCUCAGCUUGGCCUCUUUAGCAGUGAAUUGCACAGCAGAAAAGUCUUUGUCAAGACCAACCAUGGGAGAAGUUGUUCUUAGCCUCUCCCUUCUUACACAACACUCUCCUACAACAUUAGAGAGAUCAUGGAAUUAUUAUGGGUUAGGUGUAGAAGUUACUAGAAUAGUUACUCCCGUUGCAGCUCGUUGA